GAGAAACACAACAGCUAUGUCAACAAUCAGCAUUUCAGGAAUAGCCAUACCCCGCCUAUGCUUCGGAGUGGGAACCCUCAUGAAGUGGGCACCCGGCCACACUCAUCCACUUCCUACGGACAGCAGCGUCGAAAUUCAACAAGCGAUUGACGCGGGGUUCCGUCACUUCAACACUGGUGAUAUCUAUACCAACAAUGACAGCCUUGCCGAAGUCCUCCGCCGCAGCAAUCUCAAACGCGCCGAGAUCUUCCUAUCCCUUAAGAUCAACACCUACGCAUCCCUAGGAUGUCGAGGCCGCGAUCAUAUGAUCCAGGCUGUAAAGCAGGAGAUUGAGCGGUUUGGGAUAUUAGAGGGUUAUGUCGACAUCCUGCAGCUGCACUUCCCGCCCCGCGGUUAUGAUGGGAACAUGACCAAUCGCGAUGCAUGGCGUGUGCUGGAAGAUCUCAAGGAUCAGGGAGUCGCUCGCAUUAUUGGUGUGUCGAAUUGGUAUGUCGUCAAUAACACAACGAUGGGCGACCUCAAGCACCCCCCACAGCUCAACGAAUACGAGUUCAAUCCUUUCUUGCUGUCUGAUCCCAAGGUCCGGCAACUCCGCGAAUUCGAAGUCAAGCACAACGUUGUCCCAAUGAACUAUGGCCUUUUGACAGCCGUCAGCGGCCGCUUGCCCGCUGAAGACAGCACAGCACUGUUGCAGAAGUUGGAAGAGCAGUCGAAGCAAACGAGGCUGUCCACAGCUGAUCUGCUGCUCAGCUGGGCAUACUACCGGCUUGGCGGCAUUGUCGUGACAUCUACAUCGAAGACAGACCGCGCUAAAAAGACCUUCGAGCUCCUUUCGGCUAAGCAAGCGCCUGUUAACGGUCAGAUCUACGAGGAGAUUGAAAAGGCGGCAACGCUGGAUGGUCCUGAAGGUAAGGUAUUCUAUGGCCAUCCUCACAUCGAGAAAGCUCUCCAGCAAAGUAUGAAUGCUCAGAAAUAG